UAAUGUAAACAUGCAGUGUCUGAUAUUCAUUUCAUUAUUAUGGUACUUGAACUUAAAAUACAUAAAGUAUUUAAUAAAUAAGAAGUUAAUAAUCUCUUAGUGUGUUUUAUUAUAAAAACUAUCCGCACGUGCAAAAUAAAUUUAAAAAAUAAGAAAAUUUAAAUCAUUGUACGUUAAAAGUAAACAUAACCUAAAAUCACUAUUAUCAGAAACGUAUUAAAUUUUGGUUUAUUUUAUUAAAAAAUGACGUAUCAAAAGGGUUUUUACGAUCAUUUGUAUAAUUCCUCGCAAAAAAUCAAUCUUAAUGAUUAUUUUCAAGAGUAUGCGUCUCUGAAGAAAAACUUUUAUAGUGGUGAACAACCAAGGACGCAAAAAUCAAUUCUUGAGACUAUGGGAGUGACAAUUGACGAAGAAGAGUUGAUUAUGCUAAAAGAAUAUUGUAGUAUUGAUAAUUUGACUGUUCCUGAUGAAGUUGAAGUGUCCCGUCAUCAUAGAUCUCUGUAUAAAGAAAUUAUAGAAGGAUCAAGUAUUCCAGCGGGUAUUCCGCUCCAAACAUUGAAAGACUUAAAAAACACCGCUAAAUAUACAAAAGCAACAUGGAGAGCCACAAAAUAUCGCAGCGAAAUAAGUAUAAAAUAUGAUGAUGCAGAUAAAUCCGAUCAACAAAUUGCAUCUCCCGGUGAAGAAGUUUUGGUUUACAUUAGAGUUUACGCGCCCUUUAAACAUCGAAGUUACAACAAGUCUUCUGCUCAAUUAAUAAAAGUUUCUCUGAGCAACAUGUUGGUGAUUCUUGGUUCACAAACACUGGCAGAUGUUAGGGAUAAAAUAUCGUGUUUGUGUGAUCUUUCCAUUGCGACUGAUGUAAGCAAGAAGCCAGUUUUGAAAGCAGGACCUUCUGCAAAGGAAGUCUAUAAAUCGGGAUUCUUUUUCAUUGAAGGGACAUUUUAUAACGACAUGAGGGGUCCAGAGAAUAAAGACAACAGUCUUGUCAUUAGGGAGUGGGCAACUGCUCGCAACAUUGGUUCUUUUGACACAGCUCUUAUGGAAGAGACGCGUAUAGAUUCUUUGAAAGUGAAAUUUGGAUUUCCAUGGGUCUAUCAACACCAAGGAAAUUGCGAGCAUCUAAUCGUCUUUGGCGAUGCGAGACUGUUAAACUUGAACGAUGAUUUGGCAGUCUCUUCAUAUCCAAGGAUACAUCGAAUAAAACCUUACAUUAAUAGAUAUUGCAUGACGUGUGGUAUUUUUAGUGUUCGCUGGAUUACCACUGACAACGAACGACUUCCUCAUGAUCCCUGUUUUUUCUGUGAAUCGUGCUUUAAAUCCUACAAUUAUAUACAGGGAGAAAAAAUUGGAUCUUUUUCUGCGUAUCCCUAUCCAUUUCAUGCUGAGUUGAUAGAAAGGGGAAUUAAAAACAAUAAAACCAAUGACUCUGCAAAAAAAUAAACGAUUUUUAUAAUGUUAAUUCGAGUUUAGAUUCUGGCAGCGAAACUGGGACCGUAACAGAUACAUUUAAGCGAUCGUUGAGUGCACGUGAUACUCGAGCCAGUUCCAGUGCCGGUACAAAUAAGGUCUUCCCAAAACUUGGUAAACUGGGUGGAACCAUUGAGGAAC